AUGACUAUAAUAGUGAGGUAUGUAAAGUUCUCGUCUAAUUCUGUUAUUGUUGAGGAGUCAUUUUUUGGGCUUUUGAAUGCUAAUGAUACCACUGGGAAGGGACUAUUUGGUGUAACUUAUGUGGAGUUACAAUAUCUUGGUCUUGAAAUUGAUGACAUUCGUGGCCAAGGAUAUGACAAUGGGGCAAAUUUGAAAGGGUCACAUCAAGGAGUCCAAACGAGAUUUUUAAAAGAAAAUCCAAGAGCAUUUUACACUCCUUGUGGUAGCCAUUCACUUAACCUUACAUUAUGUGAUAUGGCUUAUAGUUGUGUUAAAGGAAAGAAUAAUGUGAACAACUGGAGUCUAAAGUCAUUGUCUCAAACUCGUUGGGAAAGUCGUUUUGAGAGUGUUAAGGUAAUCAAAUUGCAACUUGAUGAUGUGUGGGAAGCUUUGCUUCAAGUUGGAGAGACAGAUAAUGAUGCUGCAAUUGCAAAGGAAGCAUUAGGUUUAGUAGAAAAUCAACUUAGGGAUUUGAUUUUUUGGUAUCAAUUGUCAUUUGCGAUUGAUGAAGCUACGGAGAUUGCUAGUGAAAUGGAUAUUGAUCCCAUAUUUAUGAAAAAACGUAAGAUUAAAAGGAAAAAAAGAAAAGAUGAGACUUCUAGUAGCGAAGAAGUUGCAUUUACAGUAGAAGAGAAUUUCAAAGUAAACUUUUUCUUAUAUAUUGUGGAUCAAGCUAUUGCUUCUUUAGAGAAAAGAUUUGAACAAUUUAAAUGGUACGAGGGUUUAUUUGGUUUUUUGUUUCCACGUACGUUGACGAUUAUUAAAGAUGUAGAUCUUAAGUCAUCUUGUCAUCGUCUUGAAAAUGCACUCAGGUUUAAAGAAAAAUCGGAUAUUGAUGGCGAGGCACUUUAUACUGAGCUUAAUUUAUUUCGUGAAUCACUAACCAAUGAAUUUAGUAGUCCUGUAGAUGUUUUGGAGUAUAUGAAAGAAGACGAUUAUUCCCCAGAAGCAUGCAUUGCAUAUAGAAUAUUGUUGACUAUUUCAGUCACUGUGGCAUCUGCAGAAAAAAGUUUUUCGAAGUUGAAGUUAUUGAAAUCUUACAUACGAUCUUCAAUGUCCCAAGAAAGUCUUAGUGGGUUGGCGAUGAUAGCUAUCGAGAACGAAGUUUUAGAUGAUAUAAACUUUGAAGAGUUGAUUCACCAAUUUGCUAUCAGGAAUGCAAGGAGAGCUUCACGAAUCAUUGGUUAG